AUGACGCUCCCGAGCGAUCCACCAGCAGUUGUCGCUGCUUCCGCUCCAGCAAAGCGACCAGUAGCUGAGACGAAUACCUCCGCGAUCGUGACCCCUGCUCGCUUCUCGACGCCGCCCCCUCCCUCCGAUCGUGGUCAUCUGGAGAGUCGCCAACAUUUGGAAAAUGCGAACCAGCGGAAAGUCCAGCAUAUCAGACGCCCUAGCGAGCCAUCUCGGGGCACUGCUUUUGAUGCCGAUGCUGUCGACCACGCCUUGCUCCGAGAGAUUCAUCAUCGAUCGCAACGGGAGAGCACCCCAGGUGCCAGCCCGCAUCCCGAGGAAGCAAACCGCACAUUUUCGACGUUGCUCCGAGCUGAGCUCUUCGAGGGCUCAAUACCUCAAGCGACACCGUCGACACUGUCACCGGAGCAUUCGUUGUCCACCGCAUCUCACUCGGCCAACAUUCAUGAUGCCACGAGAUCGCGCACGCCGCCAAACAAUGCUUCUGCGGCUUCUCUACCAUCCACUCUGACCCCUUCAACCCCUCACAAGAAUUUGUUCUCCUACAUGUCACCCCGGCAACUAAGCAACGCAGGCCACCUCACGCCGUCGAGAACGCCACAAAGUCGGCACGGCCCCAAUCUAGACACCCGCUCUGAAAUCUACAGCCUCUCUCCAGUUCGUUUCAAUAGCCAACAGAUGCUCCUCAGCCCACGUCGGCAACCCCGCGCGGUCAGCAAAGUGCCUUACAAAGUAUUGGACGCCCCCGACCUGGCGGACGACUUUUAUCUGAACCUGGUCGACUGGGGCAGCGCCAAUGUGCUGGGAGUCGGUCUUGGGUCCAGCGUGUACAUGUGGAACGCGCAGACCAGUAGAGUCAAUAAGCUGUGCACCCUCGAGGAUGACACGGUCACCAGCGUAUCGUGGAUCCAGAAGGGAACGCACAUCGCCAUUGGGACGGGGAAAGGAUUGGUUCAGAUUUGGGACGCAGAGAAGACGAGGCGAUUGAGAACAAUGACUGGUCACACCGCCAGGGUAGGCUCGCUGGCCUGGAACACCCAUAUUUUGACAUCUGGUUCUCGCGACCGCCUCAUCUACCACAGAGACGUUCGCGCUCCGGAUCAGUGGUUGCGGAAACUUGUGGGUCACAAACAGGAAGUGUGCGGCCUGAAAUGGAACUGCGAAGAUGGGCAGCUGGCCAGUGGUGGUAACGAUAACAAACUGAUGGUAUGGGAUAAGCUUUCGGACACGCCACUCUGGAAAUUCUCGGACCAUACCGCUGCCGUCAAAGCCAUCGCAUGGUCACCGCACCAGAGAGGGCUUCUGGCAUCUGGAGGUGGAACUGCUGAUCGCAGAAUCAUUUUCCACGACACCGUCCGUGGCACUGUGAUCAACGAGGUGGACACGGGAAGCCAGGUCUGCAACAUAGCGUGGUCCAAGAACUCCAACGAAAUCGUGUCGACCCACGGGUACAGCCAAAACCAGAUCGUUGUCUGGAAGUAUCCGUCAAUGACGCAGGUGGUCAGUCUCACCGGUCACACGUAUCGUGUUCUAUAUCUUGCGAUGAGCCCUGAUGGCAGAGUCGUCGUGACGGGCGCCGGUGACGAAACGCUGCGUUUUUGGAACGUGUUUGGCCGGCGACCGGGAGCUCGAGAAGAUAGCGACGGGGGCAAGCUUGCUGACUGGGGCAUCAUCCGGUAA